GCCAGAUGCGGAAAGCAGCCAAAGUUCUCAGUACAGUUUUGAAUCGCUACCCCAGAAGAUUUGUCUCAUCUGUGGUGAUGAGGCUUCUGGUUGCCACUAUGGAGUACUUACCUGUGGAAGUUGUAAAGUCUUCUUUAAAAGGGCAAUGGAAGGGCAGCACAACUAUUUAUGUGCUGGAAGAAAUGACUGCAUAGUCGAUAAAAUUCGUAGGAAGAACUGUCCAGCAUGUCGCUUGAGGAAGUGCUGUCAGGCCGGUAUGGUCCUGGGAGGUCGAAAAUUUAAAAAGUUGAACAAAGUUAAGGUUGUGAGAACAUUAGAUGUUGCACUCCAGCAGCCAGCAACCCUUCAAGAUGAAAACCAAUCUCUAACUCAAAGGCUGUCCUUUUCUCCAAAUCAAGAAAUACCGUUUGUUCCCCCAAUGAUAAGUGUUUUACGAGGCAUUGAGCCAGAAGUGGUCUAUGCUGGUUAUGACAAUACAAAACCCGAAACACCAAGUUCCUUGCUGACCAGUCUAAAUCAUCUUUGUGAGAGGCAACUACUUUGCGUAGUCAAAUGGUCUAAAUUGCUACCAGGAUUUCGGAAUUUGCAUAUUGAUGAUCAGAUAACCCUCAUCCAGUAUUCCUGGAUGAGUCUAAUGGUUUUUGCAAUGGGAUGGAGAUCAUACAAACAUGUCAGUGGUCAGAUGUUAUAUUUUGCACCAGAUCUGAUUCUAAAUGAACAGAGGAUGAAAGAAUCAUCGUUCUAUUCCCUGUGUCUAUCCAUGUGGCAACUCCCACAGGAAUUUGUCAGACUUCAAGUUAGCCAAGAAGAGUUCCUAUGUAUGAAAGCACUGUUACUUCUCAACACAAUUCCUUUGGAAGGUCUAAGAAGUCAAAGCCAAUUUGAUGAGAUGAGAACGAGUUACAUUAGAGAACUGGUGAAGGCAAUUGGUUUGCGCCAGAAAGGUGUUGUGGCCAACUCGCAACGUUUCUAUCAACUUACAAAGCUGAUGGAUUCCAUGCAUGAUCUAGUGAAACAGCUCCAUCUCUUCUGUCUGAACACAUUUCUCCAGUCCCGUGCACUGAGUGUUGAAUUCCCCGAGAUGAUGUCAGAGGUGAUUGCUGCCCAGCUCCCCAAGAUUCUGGCAGGGAUGGUGAAACCUCUUCUCUUUCACAAAAAGUGAAAUGUCUUUUCUCUUAUCAUAGAGAUCAUUUCUGGGUCAUUUUUUGUUUGUUUAUCUUGGUCAAGAUUUUGAAAUGUCAGGACUUCAGUAUACUUGUCAUACUUACCCUGCCUACUGCUUUAUACUUGUAACAUACACAGGCCGUUUCAGCUUGAUGUACAUAUUGUGAGUUUCUGAUUCCUUAACUGCAAAAAUCACAACAGUCAUAAGAAAUGUUUUGUAAACUCGGCUAGGUUGCUUUUUUAGAUAUGCUUAAGAAUGACAAUGAAUAGAGUUUUCAGAUUUCCAAGAACAGUUAUGUUACACAUUUUUUCUUACAUAUUACAUGCUCUAAAAUUUCUGAUAUGACAUGGUGUAAACUUUUUACUUCAGUGCAUUAUGUGCAAGGGUACAUGUGAGCAUGUACAUAAUACAAGAUUUUGGAGGAAUUAAAAUAAAUAGUGCCCACAUUUUCUCAUGGAUAUUUCACUUUUUAUUACCUAAUCUGUCUCACAGAAAUAUCCUUUCAAAGUCAGCUGUCCAGAAUUAAGUAGACAUCACUGCAAUACCUUCAUGAGUAACUGAAGUGCUAGCCAGAAAAUACACAUUCAUGUUGUCUGUGCUCAUACUGCAUUGAAACUCUUGAGUUCAGCGUGCUGUUUUCUGCACCAUUCAGUGCAGCUCUCCUUCAAAAAUGGGAAAGCUUAGGAAAAUUUCAAUGUGUAUUACACCAUAAGUAAUGUGUAUGCGAACCCACUUAGCUUUGGUUUUUGUUAUUUCCUAAGUUCAGCACUUAAAGCUAAGUCACUUAGCUAUCUGAAAUUCAUCAGCUUUAAAAUUCUGUAUUUCAGAAGCUUUAAAUAGAGAUGUUUUCACUGACUACAACUCUUAAUAAUCUUAAUGUUUUGAAUUCCAGUGCUGAAUACUCAAACAGCCAUUAAAAUCAAAUUAUAGCGAGAUUAAAUGCAGAAAGAAAUGGAAAAUAUGACUACAAACAUUUUGAUACACGAGGCUCAUUUCAGUACUAUUUAAUGGAGCUACACAUUUUAUAUUUUAAAGACAUACCAUUUUAAUUGGGGUAACUGUAAAAGAGGAAUUGGACUAAAUUAGCUUUAUACAUUCAAGGAGAAUGUCAUGUUUUGCCAUAGAAAUGAAUAUUUGACUGAAAAAUUAGAAUGUGGUGGUGUUUGUUCCUUUGAUACAGAUAUGGAGCAACUCAUGCAUUUAAGGCAGUAAAUUGUUGGUAUAUUCAAACAACAGAGAAACAGAUAAAGCCCAAGAAGAAUUUCUAAGUCUAUUAAAAUAUGACAAAUUUUGCCAGUCACUAAAAAUGAUACUCAGAUCCUCUGACAAUGUAGGAAAUGGUGAGUCUUACUCGAGUACUUGUUGCCUAUAUGCUUCUGCUCAUCCCCAUUACAUGUUGGAUGCAUCCAUCGAGUGACAGCAUACUGUUGAUGGUGUGUAGCUUGGUCUGUAUAGACUUAUCCUUGUCACGUGAACAAAGGCCCAU